AACCCUACUCACUAUAUAUUUGUCUCUGCAGCUCCAUUAGGGUUUACUCGAGCUCAAAAUUUCUGCAGAUCCUUUGUGUGUUCUUCAUCUCUCUCCUCAAUUCUUUCAGCACUUCCAUUAGAGGAAGAAGAUGAAGGUUGUCGCUGCUUACUUGCUUGCCUGUUUGGGAGGAAAUGACGCUCCUUCUGCCGCUGAUUUGAAGGCUAUCUUCAACUCAGUUGGUGUUGAUGCUGAUGACAAGAGGAUUGAGUUAUUCAUGUCCCAAGUGAGCGGCAAGGACAUUACAGAGCUUGUUGCUGCUGGUAGGGAAAAGUUGGCCUCUGUUCCUGCUGGUGGUGCUGCUGGUGUUGCUGUUGCUGCCACUGGUGGCGCUGGUGCUGCUGCUCCAGCUGCCGCUGAGUCUAAGAAAGAGGAGAAAGUCGAAGAGAAAGAAGAAUCCGAUGAUGACAUGGGCUUCAGUCUCUUUGACUAAGUGGGUUAGAAGCAUGCCUCUUACAUGGAGCCAAUUUUUUUCUCGGUUUAGAGUUUUGUGAUCAUUUUUAGCAGUUUACCCAGAGUGUAGUUAGGGUUUAUUAUUAGUUGAAACAGUGGAGAUUUUGUGAAACAAAUUGAAUCAAAGAAUGCUGGAUUUCUCUACUUUUUUGGAUCCUCUAAUGUAAGUGCUGUAUUUUACUUGCUAAUUUUAGGUACAUUUUGCUGUUUUUUUGGUAAAUAAUUUGUGAAA